CCUAUUUGUUCGUUGUAUCUUCCCUUGCCUUUUCCCUCCGCUGGCAUAGUCCGUCAGGUGUACUUUACUCCACUCGAGCUUUCUCGUGGGUCCCGGCCCCAGAUUCACAUCUCCACGCUGAUGUGCACCUCAUCUCCCCGCACUGCACACUUCGCUUCGUCAAACCUCUGACCACUGAAAACACACCUGAAACGACCCAUGUCGACCCUGUCACGGAUACCGGGCAUUGCUCAGCUCGCUGCCUUCUUGGCUGCAACGUUUUCCCUUCAGACUAAUCCCACCCUGCGCCGCUACAACGACGCCCUUGCCCAGACCUUUUAUCACCAUGGACGGUUGUGUGCGUCCAAUCAAGCAACGGUCAUGGUCCUUGUUAUUGUCUUUGUUGGCAUGAUAUCGUACCCGGGCAUUAUCACCUCCUACAACUCCUCAACCUAUGCCCGUCAAAGGUCUGCCUCGACAUCACCCUCCAGUCACAAUCUCUCGUUAUCUUCAUGGCCAGCCGUAGAGUAUCAAGGAACGUCAAUUGCACAACGCCGGCGUCGGCGUCAUGACCACGAAGGCGACUUGGAUACGUUCUGGACCCACAAGGUUAUUGCCCCGACAUGGACACAGGACCCAGAUUUUUUCAGCCGGAACCUCCCUUUUGCCGAUCCAUUACACUUUAUAGCGCCAGUUAUCAUCAACGCAACCAAUCUGUCCGCCAGUUUGGACACAUCUGAGGCUUUAUCGGAGAAUACUACCAAAGACAAAACCUCAACGACAACUUCACUUUUUGGACUCGAUUUGUUCGAAUUCGCCACGCAGAUCCGGCAACGUAUCGAAGCCAUCACUGUAGAUUACAACGCAGAUGAUGUAAUGCAUGUCGGCGUCGACAGAAGUGCGGGAUAUCAUAAGGAUCAGCAUAAAAUCCCACGGCUAGUCUCCAUCAAGAACAUCUGUAUCCUGGCAUCUUCGAAUCCAAUGGACGGACAGAGUGAGGGCGAUAGCGCCGAAUACCGAGCCGAUCAACGCAGUUGCUUGGUGCACUCUCCCCGACCUUAUACUGAGUACAAUCAUGAGGGUCGUGAUAAUCGAACUGACGUAUUGCCUUCAUUUUUGUUCGGGAGUGCUAAUUUUGAUGGAGAAGCAGCACAGGAACCACGGCCAACGUCCAUGGUUAUCGCAUAUUUCCUGCGAGGAGACCUGGGAGGAGAUGCGCAAAAGGAUGGUAAAAAGCACCAUAACGGCCGUUCAGCAGAGGAUACCGAGAGCUCGACAAAGGACGGAUUGGAUGUGAGGAGAGUAUGGCGCCUGGUCUUCGACAAGCUAAUGGCUGAUCUGCAGGCGGAGCGAUCGCAGCAGGACCCACCUAGUACUAACUCAGGGUCGCAUGGAUCGUUUUCAAUUGCAACCGAUGGUAUGGUAUCGACCGGAUCAACCAUUAUGGAUGGAGAGCGGAAUGCAGAUGCCAAUGAAGUCGACGGAGCUGCAGAGGCGGCGUCCCAUCCCUCGUUUAUGUUCAGAGUGGUUCCUGGUCCAGACGUAUCCCAGCGUGUAUCAAGACGCCUUGUCUCCGAGGCGAGCUCUCAGCCCCGUACAAACAUCUCUGCAGAAUACUGGCUUCUGGGAAUGGCCUACUUUGUAAUGUUCUUAUACAUCUCGCUUUCUGUCGGAAGGGUCGAUCUGGUCAAGUCAAAGUACGGUCUUGGCUUUGCAGCUGUCACCACGGUCUUUGUAUCAUUGCUUAUGUCGAUUGGUCUUUGUUCUGUUUUUGGAGUGACAUUGACACUCAUGCCUUGGGAGAUAUUGCCGUUCAUGAUCAUCGUUGUAGGUGUCGAGAAUAUCAACAUUUUGGUGCACGCCGUCGUGGAAACAUCAAUGGAUCUGCCUGUUAGGGAACGAGUAGGUCGUGGGCUUGGCACAGUCGGUGUCUCCAUCACGCUGACUUUGGUGGCGGAGCUCUGCCUGCUUGUGAUCGGUGCUAUGACAACAAUCCCGGCUGUACAGGAGUUUUGUACGUUCGCCAUUGCUGCCGUUACCAUGGACUAUCUUCUGCAAAUGACAUUCUUCAUUACCGUAAUCUCUAUCGACAUCCGGCGCUUGGAACUCUCUGACCUGGGUGCUCGACCAGCAGCACCAUAUCCGCGUCACCCUUUCGGCCCGCGGCAUCCAUCUGCAAAGAGUGGGCUCAUGGCUAGCGGAAUAGAGAUGUUAAGAUUCGAAGGAGCAUAUGCAGCUAGCGGACUAUCCUCUUACGAGGACGAGCGAACUCGACACAGGAGAAAUGACAGUACGCAUUCGCAUUACAGUGAUGAAGAGACAGGAUCGAGAGAGAAGCGCACCAAAAAGAACCCAAAAGGCCGCAUCUUCACCUCCAUUAUCAUGGUUGGAGUUAUGGCAUACCUCGGUUAUAUUUACGGCACUACCAAUCAAUCUAUUGUUGGGAAUCAGGAGCCUGUCAUUGUAUCAUAUUGGAACAUCAUACAGAAAGACACUGCAUCAGAGUUUUGGUCGUUAGUAGAUCCAGGCCACACAGGAGGAUACCUGGAAAUCGAAACGCCUGUUGUCGUGACUCUGCUAAAGCCUUCGAGCGAGAGUCACUAUGCGACUUGUGACGGCUUGCCAGAUCUUACGGAGAUUGACGAUUGCGAACCUGAUCAAGGCAGUACCUCAAGCUUGCAGGGAGGCGUAGGGUUUGAUUCAUCGGUGGUUGCAGAGGGGCAGCUAGAUCCACGUCGACCAUUCAAACUUGUACGCGACGCCUUGGUUUUCAUCUGCUUGUUCGCUGUCUGGCUUGUCCGUGUGUUUGUGAUCCCGUCGAUCAUUUUGGCGGCCGCGAUUCUACUACUGCUUUCUUACUUGCUGAGCCCUCAACGCAAGCUAUUGGUCGACUUACAGUGGAGGUUCCCGUUUAUUGUAUUACCCGGCGAUUAUCAAUCCAAGCGCAAACUGAUGAUGGAAGAGCUACUGGCGCAGGAGGCACGGGAGUUGGGUCAGGAUGCAGGACCUUGCACGCCACUACCAGGAGCUGUUGAAACCUUAUUCCAGAAUGGCCACAAAACCGAUAUCGACCAAAUGGAUAUUUCGGCAGAUGGAGGGCUCAUAUUGUCAUCAAGCAUGGACGGGUCGAUUCUGCUAUGGAGUGGGGAGGCUGGUAGUGGACAGGACAUACCGCUCGCGCGACUGGAAGAAAGAGCUCGAGGGGACAGAUCUUCGUCCAGGAACUCGAAAAGUCGACUAGCGAAACUUCUAAAGCUGGACCCUCUCGGCAACUUUGUUGUUGCAGGCUUUGGAGAUGGAGAUGUUCACGUCUGGGGAUUGAAAACCAUUUCACACUCGUCCUGCGCUUCGUGGUCAGCGCCUAUAUUGAGUUCAGAAAGGGAACUGGUGCGGAGGACAGAGUCAACCACGGAUGUUUCGAAACUGAGGGCAAGCAGUGUUUGUUUCUGGGAGUCUUCAGUGACCAAGGAUACAGUAUCAUCAUCGGGACCCAAUACCUCGCUACUAGUAGGUUACCGCGAUGGCCAAAUAUGGAACUGGAAUCUCCUCACAGGCGAAGGUCGAUGUAUCAUCGAUUCGAAGGUACGAGGCGGAAUAUCGAAGCUAGGAAUUAUAGAAUUAGAUCUGAAAAUCAGGCAGGAGCUGGGCUUGAGAUGCAGGACGUAUCUGGUGGUUGCUGGUAAGGAUGGGAGUAUACAGUGUUGGAGCAUCGCCAGCCCUGGUUCGCACCAUGACGCCUGGACAUUAUUAUGGAGCAAUACUGGACUUGGACAAGGAAUCGGCAUAUCAGUGUUGUCAUGGGACGCAGAGGUGCCCAUGGUUGCUACCGGGUACUCGAAUGGUGCAAUCAAUGUGUGGGAUCUUGAGCAAGGAAAUCUUAUUUGGACGUUGUCCCGUGGACUGCUUGCGAGUGCUAGGUCGGCCGGAUCAAACACAACGAGAUAUUUGGAUAGGAGGCAUUCACAGGCAGAUAAUCACCAACCUUCCCACCAAGGCGCCAUUACAAAGCUCUGUUUCCAUGCGCUGGAGCUCGAGGACGGCCUAACCGGAGAACCUGCUCCUCGCGUCUGGUUGGUUAUUUCCAGUAGCACGGAUGAGACGGUCAUGGUAUGGAUUGUGGAGUGGGAGGGACUGAUGUGCAUGUCAACGCCGCUGGACCAUUCUUCGCGACAGAAAACCGAUCCCAGUGGAAGGCGAGUCAGUGAAUCCCGUGAUACGCAAGCUAUCCCUCAAAUAUCACUAAACAACCAGGAACGACCGGGCCGUUUGCGACACUCAAGAUCGUUCGGACCAGGAGAACCUUGGGUCAACAAUCUUAAUGGUGUUGGAAACGCGAAUUUUCUGGGCACAUUAAGCUCGUCUUUACCCGCACCGAGGCUCGUGGGAUUCAUGAAGCAGCGAGGUGGCAAAAGCAUGACUGUCAGCAACUCUUGUUUAUAUGGUGUACGCCGAACAGAGUCUACGACAACACUCGCCAGCGAACAUGGGGGCGUUCCUAAGCAGUCCCAUGCCUCUAUUUUAGAUGUCAUGGGCCCCGCCUCCAAUGUCAUCAGAAGUAGGAGAAAGAGCGACUCUCAUGGGUUGACAUAUCCAGCGACGUCUCACGAUCAAGCGGUUACAAGUAGCGGUCCAAUGAAACGAGGCUGGGAACUCUGGGAGGCAGACCUCUACCAAUGUAUCUUCAGAAAUCCUGGAGUGUGGGGUCUAGACUUGACAGUCAGAGCAGUCGACCUUCAGCCUCACCAGCCAACCCGGAACCGUCGUCUCGCACCACAGGGCUCGGAUCAAACUUUGAGCGAGUCAGGAUCGAUUAUUAUCAACUCGAACGGAUCUGCCAUAGCAGUUCCAAUUCCAGUGGCCCAGAAUCCGUCAAGCUUGGCGGGUCAUGAAGUAAUGCGCCCAAAACUGCAGCGGAAGCCUGGAUCGUUUACGCAACAUAUGCCUGGCCAGCGAGGGUACAUGUACACUGCAGGACUCGCCAUGGCCAGCCAGCCGCAACCUCAGCAAUUGUCUGGACACACUCUGUUUCCAACCCAGUCUGGGAAGGCAGGAUACUGGGGCGACAGUCGGAUGGACAGUCAGCAGCAGGAUGGGCUGGAGAACGCCGAGGACCUCUUGCUACCAUUUGUGGAAACCAGGCUCAUACACGCCCUUUCGAGACGAACGAAUAUGCAGCAGCAACCGGGUUUAUCGCAACGUGGAGAUGAAUCUGGCGAUCAAGGAAAGGAGCCGGAAAUGAAGGAUAUUAUCGUGGGAUUCGGGAACUUUAUCAAGAUUGUUCGCCUGCAGGACGAGGAAGAUGAGGAAGAUGAGGAAGGAGGGCAUUUCUGAAGAGGUCCGUUUGGUUUUGUAUGGUUUUUGUUUUCGUAUUUUCUCCGUAGAUCGUCUUGAACACGCUCACUUGUUUGUACAAUAUUUUUUUUUUUUUUUUUUCGCUUUCAACG